AUGCUGGAACUCUCACUUAGCCCAGGCAGCGAAGAACAAAGAAGCAGGGAAAAGGAGCUACUCGAAUACUACUACAAAGUAACAGAAAAGUUGAAUCCAUCCCGAGCUGAGGCAUUCAACGACCCAUAUCUAUCGACACGAGUCACCCCCAUUAAUCUGAUAUCUGGAUGUUGGGAACGCGAGGACACUUUCUCACUGCGUGAGUCUUUGAUCAAGGUUGCCGCAUACUGGGACCAACUCCGGCAAGACGACGCACCAUGCCCGGCUGACUUUAAUGUCUAUGAGCUAGCUGAACAUGAAUGCGAAAGGGAAUUAAUUGGGGGGCUUUUAAACAUCGUUCAGCAGUUAGAAGAAGGACUUAUUCCGAUCGGAGGGAUGGUCCGACCGGAGGAGUAUGAGCAUGCCAAGAUGGUGAGUGAGUACUUUAAGAGCGAGUUUAUCAAUUUAGCUGAGGGAGAUCAACAACGGGAACUGCAUGAAAAGGUAUGGCCUUAUUAG